AUGGGUUCUUUCGUGUUCAAAUGGCCGCACCCGAACGCCAAUGAUGUCCACGUUACCGGUACCUUCGAUGACUGGUCCAAGAGUGAGCAAUUGAACAAGGUCGGCGACACCUGGGAGAAAGAGGUCGACCUGUCUGAAGCAGACAAGAAAAUACUAUACAAGUUCGUGGUCGACGACAUCUGGACCAUUGAUACCACCGCACCUCAAGAGGACGAUGGUCAUGGUAACCUCAACAAUGUUCUCUAUCCCGACCAAAUAAAGUCCAAGGCAGCCGUUGUGCCCGAAGCUGUAACAACCUCUAGUGCCGCACCCACCAGCACAACCGCCGCCUUGGCCGGUGCCGUUCCCCUGGAAUCAAGCAAAGAGGCAUCAGAAGUGUCUCCAGCAGGCGACUCCACUCUCACAAAACAAAGCAGCCCACCAGGCGCGUUUCCAGAGACUCCCCUCAACGAGCCAGAUUCCUUUGGCGUCAAUCCUCUCCCAGCUACCAGUGGGGAUUCCAACCCUGUCAAUGUACCGGCUGGCGAGAAACUCCCUCCGACAUCAGAUGUGACAGCAAACACCAUUGGGUCCAAGGUCACGACGUCGCAGGAGGACUAUGAGAAGGCAGGGGAGGAACCACAAGCAUUUGGCGUCAGUCCCCUCCCAGCAACUAGCGGAGACUCAAACCCAAUCAAUGUGCCCGCUGGUGAGAAGCUUCCUCCCACAUCGGAUGUGACUGCAAGCACCAUUGGCUCGAAUGUUACAACAUCAAAAGAAGAUUAUGAAAAGGCUGGACAAGAGCCCGAAUCAUUCAGUGUCAAUCCUCUGCCGGCAACCGCUGGGCCAGGCAACCCUGUCAAUGUUCCAGCAGGAGAGAAGCUGCCUGGACAAGACCAGAUCACUUCCCAAAGUAUUCACUCCAGCGUCACCACUUCUCAGGAAGACUACAACAAGGCAGGCUCCGGCAUACCAUUCCUUACCGGUGCGCUCGCGGCUGUGGGCCUUGGAGGAGCAGGAGCAGCAGCCUUGGGUUCAAGCAAGAAAGAGGAGAGCUUGAUUCCUGAAUCGUCACUUCCCAUGGGUGAAGAUGCUGGCAAAACUCUCGAUGCAGGACCACACAUCAGCUCGGCUGCACCGACUUCGACCACGGCCGAUCUAGCUGGUCAGGUGCCUUUGGAAGAACGAAAGGAAGCUUCCGUUGCUGAUGGUCCAUCCAUCAGCUCAGCUGCGCCAGAUUCCACCACGGCCGGCCUGGCUGGAAGUGUACCUCUUGAGAAAGCCAAGGAAGCCAUCAGCGACGAUCCACGAGCUACCACUGAGACUGUUCCAGAAGUGGUCAAGGAGUCGAUUGCGGCGGCCCAUGUGCCUGCUGAGGCGACGACGUCGGCUGAAGCUGUCAAGGAAAAGGCCGAAGUUGAGCAAGAAUUAUUGAAGCACGUGCCUAGCACGAAUGAGGCCGGUGAGCCUGCGCCCACCAUUGCGGCGGCGACCUCUGAGACGGCGCCCACAGCAACAUCUGCCACUUCAAGUUCCCCAACUGCUCCUGCGGCCACUCUGGGCACAAGCUCCAGCGCCGCGGCAGCCAUUGCCGACGGUACCGAGGCCACCGAAACUCCUGCAUCAUUGCCCCAUGCGGCGGCACCAGUAGAGAAGACGGAAGGCGAUAGCACCGAGUACGCUCCUCCACAUGCAUCAGGAUCUGCUCCUGGGGUAUCUCCAUCGGCUGCAGCAGCCUUGUCGGAUGGAACUGAAGAUCCUACUUUGCUUGACGAGCCUGCGGUACAGUACCUGCAGCAAAAUGACGCAGCCAAAGCCGCCGAGACCACCACCCCAGCCUCAGCCCCAGCGGAAACCAAGGCCAGCGAACCUGUUGUUGCUGCCAGCGCUACCGAAACACCCAAGGAAGCAGCCAAAGCAGAAACCGCUGCAGCUCCCGAGGCCAAAAAGGAGACAGCGGCAACACCCGCGUCAGCAUCAACACCCAAAAAGGCCGCGACGACUACACCGACGACCAGCCCUGCGACAGGAUCGGCCACGAAGGAAAAGAAGAAGAAGCACCGAAUCAGCGCACUAUUCAAGAAGAUCUUUGACUAA